UGAACUGUACUUCCAACGUCUGUACAGCAGGUGGCGGUAUGGGUCUUCAAACCAAGGUUAAAUGAGCAGAAGAAGAAAGAAAGACUGAGUAGAAGAAGAAACAGACGCUCCGCUGUAGAUCGAAAUGGCGGCGCCAGCAGAGAGGAUGGAGGUUUCUCAGGGGGAGAGCUCAGCCAAGCCUGCAGCUGAAGACAUGACGUCAAAGGACUACUACUUUGACUCCUACGCCCACUUUGGCAUUCACGAGGAGAUGCUGAAGGAUGAGGUUCGCACCCUGACCUACCGCAACUCCAUGUUCUACAACAAGCACUUGUUCAAAGACAAGGUGGUUCUGGACGUGGGCAGUGGGACGGGCAUCCUCUGCAUGUUUGCCGCCAAAGCUGGAGCCAAGAAAGUCAUUGGGAUAGAGUGCAGCAGCAUUUCUGACUACGCUGUCAAAAUAGUGAAGGCCAACAACAUGGAUGAUGUUGUGACCAUAAUCAAGGGGAAGGUGGAGGAGGUGGAGCUCCCAGUGGAAAAAGUUGAUAUCAUCAUAUCAGAGUGGAUGGGCUACUGUCUGUUCUAUGAGUCCAUGCUCAACACAGUCAUCUAUGCCCGCGACAAGUGGCUGAAGCCGGAUGGACUCAUUUUCCCUGACAGAGCUACACUCUAUGUCACAGCCAUUGAAGACCGGCAGUACAAGGACUACAAAAUCCACUGGUGGGAGAAUGUGUAUGGCUUCGACAUGUCCUGCAUCAAGGAGGUGGCCAUAAAGGAGCCCCUGGUAGAUGUGGUGGAUCCCAAACAGCUGGUCAGCAACUCCUGCCUGAUCAGGGAGGUGGACAUCUACACGGUGAAGGCAGAGGACCUGACCUUCACCUCGCCCUUCUGCCUGCAGGUGAAGAGGAACGACUACAUCCAUGCUCUGGUCACCUAUUUCAACAUCGAGUUCACCCGUUGCCACAAGAGGAUCGGCUUCUCCACCAGUCCAGAGUCCCCGUACACUCACUGGAAGCAGACAGUCUUCUACCUAGAGGACUACCUGACUGUGAAGAGCGGAGAGGAGAUCUUUGGCACCAUCAGCAUGAAGCCAAACGUCAAAAACAACAGAGACUUGGACUUCACCAUCGACGUGGACUUCAGUGGUCAGCUGUGCACGAUGGCCAAGUCUCUGGAGUACCGGAUGCGUUAGAUGUUUGUCUUCAUUAUGGACAAAUGUUAAAGUGGGAGCUUCUGUUAGGUUAUUGCUCCCUUGCAGCAACAUUUUAGAUUUUUUUUCUUUCUAAUUUUCUUAUUCCGACAUUAACAGUAUUUAAAGCAUCUUCACGUCUUUGAGUUUAAAGGUGAUCUGUGUGAUUCUUUGUGCAGUAGUUCCUUGAGACAUUUGCUAAACAUCAUCAUGGUUUCAGGGUCUUUUGCAUGUGCGGGUUCGUCUCCAUGGAAACGCGGUGGACCCCCCUCUGUUUCCUCUGCUGUAGUCUCGUUUGGUUCAGUGUUCUGGUUUACAUGUUCCACAGAUCUGCAAAAGCCCGACCCAAAGGCCGUUCCAGUCCGAUAAAACUAAAAGGUUUUCUGUUUGUUGUUCUGUUGUUUUUUCGCUGCUUUUUUUUAAAAAACAAAAAAAUAAAGAGUAAAGUGUCUUCAUUUUAAUAACUGUACAUUCUGAGCUGUGAAAGCCCCCCUCCAUUCAUUCAGUUCCUGUUCAGCUGCAGUUUGGACCGGAUCCUGUGUGAACAUGAACAUUCGUCUGCAGUUGAUCUGAUAAUGUGACUGUAAAUAAAACAUCUUUACCACCACAGGAAACGUCAAUAAACCUCCUGAAUCAUGGACAUUCAGACUUCUAUGUGAGUUUGGAAAUAAUGGAGAAGGUUUGGAACUGUUGUUACUAAAUAAACUCCAGUUUAUCUGA